AAACUUUCUCAUUUCUGGGUUUUUUAAAUAAUUUCAUUUUGUUUAUUGAAAGGAUCUUCCUGUCAUAUGAUCCAAAGGUUAGAGUUUUUGUCUGUCUUGCUUGUAAACUCAUCCUCUUAUUUUCUUUACAUAAAACCCACUCUCAAGACUCGGCUUUUCUUCAAAUCUCCAAACCUGCGAGCUUCAAAAGAUUGACCCUUUCAUGGUUCAAAGCUUGUAGCUUCCUCUCAUUUCUUGACAAAACCCCUAAUUAACCCUUUCAUUCUUAUUCUCUUGAUCUAUCAAAAACGGGAAAAAAAAUGUUCAGUACCCAAAGCAAAACCGACCUUGCUUUGGAAUUGCAAACACAGUUUCCAAUCUUAAGGCCAAGCAUCCAUUCAAGAAGGGCUAAUCUCACGGUGAAAUUCCAAGACCUUUAUGGGUUUACAGUUGAAGGCAAUGUGGAUGAUGUUAAUGUGUUGAAUGAGGUAAGAGAAAAAGUAAGGCAACAGGGUCGAGUUUGGUGGGCACUUGAAGCAAGCAAAGGAGCCAAUUGGUAUUUGCAGCCACAAGUUUCUUCAAUAUCUCAAGCUAUUGUGUUGAAAUCGUCACUGAAAUUGUCGGCUUUGGCUAAUUCUAUUACACUGAAGAAGCUUAUUAGGAAAGGUAUUCCCCCUGUACUUAGGCCUAAGGUUUGGUUUUCGCUUUCUGGUGCUGCCAAGAAGAAGUCUACGGUGCCUGAAAGUUAUUAUAAUGAUUUGACGAAGGCAGUAGAUGGUAAGGUCACACAUGCUACAAGACAGAUCGAUCAUGACCUUCCACGAACCUUCCCCGGUCAUCCAUGGUUGGACACUCCAGAGGGCCAUGCUGCUCUCCGGCGGGUGCUUGUGGGGUAUUCUUUUCGCGAAUCUGAUGUAGGCUACUUUCAGGGCCUAAAUUAUGUUGCUGCACUGCUAUUGCUCGUUAUGAAAACGGAGGAAGAUGCAUUUUGGAUGCUUGCCGUCCUCCUCGAGAAUGUUUUAGUUAAUGACUGCUAUACAAAUAACUUAUCUGGAUGCCAUGUUGAGCAAAGGGUUUUUAAAGAUUUGCUUGCCAAGAAGUGCCCGAGGAUUGCUGCUCAUUUGGAAGCAUUGGAAUUUGAUGUCUCCCUCGUCGCUACCGAGUGGUUCCUUUGCCUCUUUUCUAAAAGCUUGCCUUCAGAGACAACUCUGCGGGUGUGGGAUGUCCUUUUCUACGAGGGGGCAAAGGUUCUUUUUCAUGUGGCAUUGGCUAUAUUUAAGAUGAAGGAAGAUGAGUUGCUUGUAACACAUCAGGUUGGCGAUGUUAUUAAUAUUUUACAGAGAACGACUCAUCACCUUUUCGAUCCUGAUGAGCUAUUGACAGUUGCAUUUGAUCAGAUCGGUUUUAUGACGACAAACACCAUAUCAAAGCAAAGGAAAAAGCAAGAACCAGAAGUAAUGAAAGAUCUUGAUCAGAGACUAAGAAGACUGAACUCUCUCAGAACUGAUGAUAAAUAACAGUUUCUUGAAUGUGAAGAAUCUAGUCGUAAGUCGAAGGAUAUGGAAUUAAUACUAUUGUGUCCUCACUGCCAAAGACCAGGUAAAAUGUAGCUUUUGUAACCCAUAGGCAGUUUUAAACAGUUUAAGUUACUUUGCUAAUGAAUUCAGUGUUGUUUUUCUCUGCC